AUGUUUCUUAUUCGAACGGCUUUUUUUCUCACCUUUUUUCUUUUAUUUUCACAAGUUUUCGGAUUUUUGGAACCGCAGCCAACUUGUCCAAAUUGUCCAGCUUGUCAAAAUGUGAAUGGAUGUUUGGGAACUGUUGAAACAACUACUCAAGAGGUUAGUUUUCUCAUCAUCCAGAUUUUUUGAGAAAAAUUAUUCGUGAAAAAUUUGGACCCUAAUCAAUAAAAUCAGAAUAAGCACUCAAAAAUUAUCUCAAAAGGUUGAUUUUUUUCUGAAAAAAAUCUCUAAAAUCAGAUUAAAUAAAAAAAUUGGAUAAAUUUAAAAUUGAAUAGAACAAAUCAAUUUUCAACCCCCAAAUUUACUGAAAAUCUGAAAUUUUGAAUAAUUUUAGGCUGAAUUUUGAGCCAAAAAUUCCGCCUUUAAAACUAGAAAAAAUGAGUUUGAAUGUCAAAUCGAAAAAAGAAUUGUCGAAUCGUUUCGUCAAUACAGAACCAACACUUCAAAUAAAUUUGAAACAGUGAAUUUUUGAAAAAAAAAUUCAAAAAAAGAAUUUCUUAAAAAUAGGAAAAAUUGACUAGAAAAAUAAUCAAAAUCAACAGAACACGCAAAUUAUCAGUUUCAAAAAAAUUCAAAACACAUACAAAUUUUGAAACAGUGAUUUUUUUCCGAUUUCUAAACAAUUCAUAUUUUUCUUAUUUUUUUCCAGUCAACCGAAUCAACAACUCUGGAAUAUUAUCAACAACAUUGGCAAAAUUUAGGCUGGAAAACAGACGAUGACGGAAAUGUUUUCAUCGGAGAUGAUGAUAACAAUUUGAAAUUAAUUCAAAUUGGAUCGUGGUGUCCAAAAGAACUUUGCAAGGGAUGGUUCGGAAUUUGGUAA